CAGGAGACACUCGACCAGGGGGACAUUCUCACACACGGCACGUGACUGAGACUGAGACUGAGACAGCGCUAUGGGAAUCCUUUAUUCAGAGCCCAUUUGCCAAGCAGCUUACAAGGGUGAACUCCACCAGGUAUACCAACUGCUCAAGGCUGAUGGCAAGAAUUUAAAUGUUCAAGAUGAAUUAUAUGGAGACACACCCCUCAUAGCUGCCUGUAAGAGUGGAAAUAUCAGCACCGUCAAAUACCUUUUGGAUCAGAAAGCUGAUGUAUCCAUAAGAAACAAGAAACAAAGGACUUGCCUGCACUAUGUUGCUAAAAGGACAUUGUCCUUCUUGGAUUACCUCAUGAUUGUUAUUCUCAUGCCCAUCCUAUUGAUUGGGUAUCUUAUAUUGAACAAGAAACAGAAGCAGUAUGUGAAGCUGCUGGAGAUGGUGUUAAACAGUAAAGCAGACGUUAAUGCUGUGGACUAUAAAGGCAACACUGCACUUCACUAUGCUUGCCAGUGUAAAAGUCACAAACUCGUUCCACUGUUACUGGAGGCAAAUGCAGAUGUUUUGAUACAAAACAAAGAUGGUGAAACACCACUGGAUAUUGCAAUCAGACUAAAAUUCAAAACAAUUGUAGCAAUGCUGGUAAAAUCAAAAUGACAACAUUGCCUGUUUGGUUGAAAAAGGAUGGUUUUGAUCUGGUCUGUAGCUGUGAUAUGAAAUGGCUUGCACUCCCAACGUCUACAAUGAAAAGUCGUCUUCAGGUCAAUAAACCAGCAUUCACAAGAACUCUUAAGUUGAAAAUGUGACUGAUCACGCUUUUUACCAUUUUCUCAUUUAAACACUUAAGGGACACAUACUUACAUUUUCUGUUUAGCUUUUGGGAGAAAUAGUACCAUUUUUAGACUACAACUUAACAGUAUUAGUUAUAGAAUGUUACACAGGGUCAUUAGGAAAUGACUGACUAUAUUCUUCAGGUUUAAAAUGUUUACAGAUGUUUUGUGUUUGUGUCAAGUUUGACAAUACUUUUUUCACUAUACUGGCAAUUCAUGUGACGUGUUCUAAAAAUGGUUAAAGGACAUGUUUACACGUGUACCAUGUAUUUCAAUUUGGAUACUAAAUAUAACUGUUCUAAACAUUG